AAGCAGAUAAUCUCUUGUUGGGACGAGAGCAGCUCCAUUUCAGAGCCCCCUCCUUGAAUCCUGGAAGGCCCUGGUGAAGUUUCAUGUGCUGCUCGCUCAGUCUCCUCUCCAUCUCCACGGCGUCUGCAGGCUUUGGACGAGCUCACCUGUCAGGAUGUUCUUGCACUGGGAGGUUUUCUAUUACGUUUUCAUUCUCCUUGCUCACAUGCGGUCCUACUGCUGCUGGUCAGUGAAUAAUUUCUUGAUGACUGGACCCAAGGCAUACCUGAUCUACUCGAGCAGUGUGGCGGCCGGAGCUCAGAGUGGCAUUGAGGAGUGCAAAUACCAGUUUGCAUGGGAUCGCUGGAACUGCCCCGAGAGAGCGCUGCAGCUGUCCACACACAGCAGCCUGCGCAGUGCAAAUCGAGAGACAGCGUUCGUCCACGCCAUCAGCUCUGCCGGUGUAAUGUACACCUUAACCAGAAACUGCAGCCUUGGAGACUUUGACAACUGCGGCUGCGAUGACAGCAGGAAUGGACAACGAGGUGGUCAUGGUUGGCUGUGGGGCGGCUGCAGUGACAACGUCGGCUUUGGCGAGGCAAUCUCCAAACAGUUUGUUGAUGCCUUGGAGACUGGGCAGGAUGCACGAGCAGCUAUGAAUCUCCACAAUAACGAGGCUGGGCGCAAGGCUGUGAAGGGAACCAUGCAGAGGACAUGUAAGUGUCAUGGGGUGUCGGGAAGCUGCACCACCCAAACCUGCUGGCUGCAGCUGCCGGAGUUCAGAGAAGUGGGGAACUACUUGAAGGAGAAGUACCACAGGGCCCUGAAAGUGGAUCUUCUGCGAGGUGCUGGGAACAGUGCAGCCAGCCGAGGAGCCAUCGCCGAGACCUUCAGCUCCAUCUCUCGCAAGGAGCUGGUCCACCUCGAAGACUCCCCCGAUUACUGCCUGGAGAAUCGCACCCUGGGGUUAGCGGGCACAGAAGGCCGCGAGUGCCUGAAGAAGGGCAAGAACUUGAGCAAGUGGGAGAAGCGGAGCUGCAAGAGACUCUGUGGAGAGUGUGGGCUCGCUGUGGAGGAACGCAAAGCCGAGAUGGUGUCCAGCUGUAAUUGCAAAUUCCACUGGUGCUGCGCGGUGAAGUGUGAGCAGUGCAGAAAGACAGUGACCAAGUACUUUUGUGUGAAGAGAGGAGGUCAGAGGGGAAGGAACGAGAGCGCCAGCAACCGUCGGAAGAACCUCAGACUGAGGAAGAAGCACUGAGCAUCACUGUCAUCAUGUUCGUACCACUGCAGCUUCUGCAUGCGUGAUCUGUUAGUGUGUGUUUUGGGCUAAAACUUAGCAAACAAGUGUAAUUUCAGACCAUCUUCUGUGUCCAUUUUGUAUUAAAAGUUCAUGUCAGUGGGACGUGCACAAAGCCACAUGAUAGAGGAGAUGAGAAGGGGCGGUUUUACAACUUUUGUAGGAUUUUUGGUAUAAAUGUAUUUAAGAUAUAUUUUUAUAUUUUUUACAACAUCUUGAAAAAUCACUGGGCAUUUGAAGAGGUUUUCUCUGACAUGAAAAUUCUCCACAGCAUUGUUUAUUUAUUUUCAUACAGACCCAAAAACCUUGGAAACAGUUGUAUGAGUGGUCUAGCGAUUGGAGUUUGGCAUAAAUUACUUUUAAAAUCCACAUUUUCAAGAACUUGUCAGGUCCUCUUUGUACAUUUCAACUAUCGCUGUUAAAUUUUGAAUUCAUUUUACAAAGAAAUAUUUUGCCAUUUUUGACAAAAGCUUGCUCUCCCAUCAUCCUGACCUUUGCUGCCCUCUUCUUGUAUUUAAUUGUACAUAAAAUGAAGCACUUUGUACUGUACAUUGUUAAUUUAUUGCACAGCAUUUCCUAGUUUUGCUUUAUUCUUAGCUGCCUUUGUGGUUUGUUUUCUAUUAAAAUGAAAGAAUAAUAAAUCCUUCAGUCG